GUCAGAGGGAUGGAGGCACCAGAAGAGGGGAGUCCAUGCAGCCUAACCGCAGAGCUGAUGACAAUGCUACCAUUCGUGUCACCAACCUGUCUGAGGACACCCGUGAAACAGACCUGCAGGAGCUCUUCAGACCAUUUGGCUCAAUCUCAAGGAUCUAUUUGGCCAAGGACAAGAACACGGGACAGUCGAAGGGAUUUGCCUUUAUCAGUUUCCACCGUCGGGAAGAUGCAGCAAGAGCCAUCGCGGGAGUGUCAGGAUUUGGAUAUGAUCAUCUUAUUCUCAAUGUUGAAUGGGCCAAACCGUCAAACAACUGAGGAAUUCAGUGUAAAUCCCAGGAAGAUUCCAUAUUUUAUUGUCAUAGUAAAAUAUGGCUGUUACCGUAAUAAAGAGAGUAACUGUAAA